GGCAGAGUGAUAAUAAAGGUCCCCGGGUCUCCGGUUGCAUAUUGUUGGACACGGAACUCCGGAUGAGCGCAGAAACUGGCAGUGAGAACCGGUUUAACUUUACCCAGACAAGACGAGACGAUACUUGUCCUCUCGCUGAACAGGUUGAGAGUCCGUCAUGAUCAUCCAUAGCGGAUAGGGGAAGGAGUGUGUGUGUGCAUGUGGCCUCAGGUGGCGCAAGAGGACCAUGGAGCCCGAUGUCAUCCGUCUGUACUCUUCCUCUCCCCCUCCACUGGAUGAGGCUGGAGAGGAAGAAGAGGAGGAUGAGUUUGGUGAGUUCGGGGGUUUUGAUGGCGGAGGAGUGUCGUCCAGUUUCAGCUUCUCGGACAUCGACACGCCCACAACAUUCAGCCAGUCAAACGCGCUGGAGGAGUCCCCACCUGACCUAUACAUCAAAUCCAUACAGAAUGUUGCUGUAUCGGAGAAGAGUGGAUGGGCUAACGACGAGAGAAAAAUGGUAGGAGAAUCUAUAAGCAGUAUCGAGAAAACAGAGAAGGAAUUAUCUGAGAUUGUCACAAAUGGUGUGACGUUCUUCGAUCAGAAGGUGUUCUCUGCUGAACAUGGUCAGAACUCUCCCUCAAUACUUCCUGAUGUCCGAAUCAGCAGCAUAGGCGAUGGACAAAUCCUUAGUAAUGGCUACAGUGAGUCUUGUAUAAAUUCAGAGCUGGACAGAGCUCUUCCCUCAUGCUUGCAAAGCGCCGACACUGAAGUACACUCUGGACUGGGCGUCAACGUAGUUGAUGUGUUAGACAGAAACCAGUUAAUUAACCAAAUGGACAAUCUGACAGACUCAAACAAUCACUCAUCCCAUAAAGAAGCAUCUGAACCUGGAGAGACAGAAGUGAGACUGGAGCUAUGUGGCGACUCCCAGUCGUCUAGUUGUAGAGAUGCACAAGAACCUGAUGGUGAGCAUACAGAAAGGGAGAACUUUGUUGUUUGUGGUGACGCAGGUUCUCUGGACGGGUCUGCAGACUGUGUUGACAUAGCCGAAACAGAGACGGCUCCCUCUGUGGAUGUGGAUCUAAUUUCUGACACACAGCUAAGUGGAAACAUAAAAGAAAUUCAUGGAUCAUUCGCAAACACAGGUGGAGAAGAUGAGGACAUUGAUUUAUCCGCAGACCCCACGGCCUACGAGGAUUUUGGCGAUUUCAGAGAUGCAGCUCAGGGUUUUGCAGACUUCAGCCGGACUGAAACUAUAACCCAGGAAGGAUUUCCUGAAUUCGUCACGGCAAUGUCCAGGUGCUCCACGGAUGAUGAGUUUGGUGACACGGACACCCUGAAGGACUUCAAGGAGGAAGAUGAGCUGGCUGACGAAGAUGAGCUGGCUGAGGAAGCAGCGGACAAUGAAGGAGCUUUUUGUUCUGAGUUGCCUCCCAGCGACAGUUUUGCCGACUUUAGUUCAGCUCCACUUGGAGGAGUGGCGGUGGGAGGGCAAGACAACUGGACUGCAUUUGGACCACAUAAAGGCACGGAAGAGGAACAGGAUUCAUGGGCCGCAUUUGGGGAGGAACAGAGCACUUACCUGGGUAAAGAAGAACAAGAUGUUGAGACUUCAACAGCGCCCUCUAGUGGUGACCUCCAGGGUAGCACUGUUGAGUUCAGCUGCAAAUUACAGCAUCUCUUCAGAACUGCCUUCCCUUCAAACGUCCAUUCUGAGGUCAGCGGGGUUACUGAGGUCCUGCCCCUCCACGAAUUCCUGCAGGCUCAGGAUCCUCAGGAGCAAAGGGAUCCAAGCAGCUCUUUGGCACAGGAGAAUUCAUUGGCCUUGUGGUGCCACCUUCAGGACAUCCUCGGCUCUCAUGGCCUUAAAUUCAAGUGGGCAGGUUCCCAUAGCAACAGAAUUCUUUUGGACUGCCUAGGAAUCAGGAAUAUUUUGUUCACUGGAGACAAGCAGCAGCCAGUGAUCGUGCCUAUGUUUGCUGCCGGACUGGGAAUGCUGGAACCCACCAAAGAGUCUCAAAAAUCUCCAGCCUCCCCUGCACUUUUCCCUUCUACUCCUGUGGAGAGUGGAAAUAUUCUAUGCACUCAGGUGGCGCCCUCUUUGGCCCUUAGUAUUGACGCACAAGAUGGUGGAUUCUCAGGGCUAAAUUUGGACUAUUUUGGGCCUGUGGAUGAAUGUAGCUCAGAUAGUGAAACUGACACUCCACUACCAGGUGUUGAUCCAGAGAUAUAUGAACUGACUACAGCUAAAAUUGAGAACAACACCACUGGUCGAAGCAUUGCAGACGCAUUUACAAAACUCAUGGAGUCUAUGGAGAAAACCAGAACAACGGCCAGGAGGCCAGAAAAAGAUGAAAAGAUAAGCGAAGAAGCAGCAAAGGUCAUCUCUAUUCUCCCUGAUCUGUCUUUCAUGCAGGCCAGGGUUCUAAUGUUCCCCUCCGUUCUAACUCCAGCAGCCAAUCAUAUAUAAGCAAACAAGGUAUCAGCCAAUCACCUUUCAAAGAGUUCAAAGUCAUUAUGGCAUCAUCAUUCAUUUAGUUUAAAGACUGCUACAAAAAAACAGAUCAAGUCAUUGUUUCUUCCAGAAAAAAAAAUCACAUUUAAAAAUUUAACCAUAUAAAAGCUCCCUAUUUCUUCACUUGUGCUGUUAUUAUAGGUUUUUAAUUGGAUUGAAUCACCACGUUAUGUGUGAAAAUGUUCCUGCUGAUUUUUUUUCAGCAGAAAAGACACCCACCUUGUCUUUAAUACACAGUAUAUAGAUACCUUUUAGCAUAUUUACCUUUUAUGUCUGAUAUAUGAGUUUGUUAUGAUUUUAUUUUUGAGUGCUGUUUGUGAAAAUGUGAGUACUUUUCACUCACUGAGGUGAAAUGCAGAAUUGCACAUUUUACUACUUGAAACCAGAGCCUGUUAAUCAGUGAUGGGCAACUUCAGUCCUGAGUUUAGCUCCAACCCCUGGUUGCAAUAUAUAUAUAUAUAUAUUAAUAUGUGCUUUUCUUUUUAUUUCUCUGUAUUGUUUUAAUUGUUACUCAGUUCAGUGCUUCCUUUAGCUGAUUUAUAACCAUUUUAUUCUCUUGUAAACUUCAUUUAGUAUAGUACAUGUAUCUUCUAACCAUCCUUUCAUUUUAACUGCCUUUAGUUGUUUUAUUUUAUUUUCCCACAACUGACAAGCAUAUAAGAAAAGAUUAUAUUAUCAUUUAAUUUUGAUAACUUCAAUAAGGGAACUGCAUAUUUCUGUGUGUCUGCUUUUUUGUCCUAUUAAUGUCUUGUCACUGUAUUAUUUUAAAGGUGAAUCUUUUGCACAAUCUGAUAUAAUAUGAAUAUGACAGCAGUGCUAAUGUCUUAAAGAAAACACGGAAAUUGUUUGUACUGUUCCUGUGGAAAAGACUGUAUAAAGGAAUUUGUGUGACUGUCUUCUGUUGUAAAUUUGUAUUUUGAAGUUUAACAAUAAAAAAGGCAGAUAAAUGA